AUGGCCGGCGUUCAUGGACUCCCCGCCCGCCGAGGCGAGCCCUUAGUCCAGGUUGGACUGAGAUCCCCCGUUCUCUUCCCAGGUGAUGACAGUUAUGCUGCCCGCAUUGAGUCCUACUGGUGCAACAAUGCCAACUUGCGACCAUCUUGUAUUGUUCAGUCACACUCUGUUGAAGAGGUGUUCAAAGCGGUUGCCGCCCUUGCAAAGGCACAUCAACACUUCGCUGUGCGCGCUGGCGGUCACACCAAUUGGGCCGGCAGCAACAACAUCACCAAUGGAGUCACUAUUGAUCUGGGGUUCCUUGACGUAACCAGUUACGAUGAUGCUACUCAGGUCGCUCACAUUGGGCCUGGGGCUAAGUGGAAAGAUGUGUAUGCCGAGCUCGAACAGCACGGCUGGAGGUCGCGAAGCUGA